AUGUAUUUUGGCACUGCCUAAAGAGAUAAGUCAUUAGUAUCUGGAGAUGUGCAUAAUCUGGAUUACAAAUACUUGUGGAGCUUGCGAAGUGAAGUAACUAAACUAACUUAAUAGCACUCCUGCUGGGUUUUCUGCUAAACGAGGUAUUGUGAGAAUAAACAAUUGAAGGAUGAUGUGACUUAAAAGAAGAAUAGAAAAUAAAAAUAAUAGCAACCAAAAGAUGAAAAACCUAAAGAAUAAGUUAAAGAAGCAAAGAAAAUUUAACCUAACGAAAAAGAUAAUGAUAACGUAUAUUAAUUGCAUAAUAUGAAAAUAAUCAAAAUCGCUUUAUUCAAAUGGAUAAAAAUAUAUUUUUGUGUGAGGGUGUAUUUCAAAGGAAGCGGAUUCAAUUCUUACAUUAAAAUACUUUGUUGA